AUGGUGAAAGCAUGGAUAACUAAUUCUGUGUCCAGAGAAAUUGCUACUAGUGUCAUGUGCCUUAAGACUGCAAGAGAAGUCUGGAAAGACAUUAAUGAGAGAUUUGGUCAGUCAAAUGGCUCAAAAUAUCUUCAAAUCCAAAGGGAAAUUAGUACAACUACUCAGGGCUCAUCAGACAUUGCUACUUACUUCACUAAACUUAGGAGCUUAUGGGAUGAAUUGAACUCCUCUUAUGUUGGUCCAGUGUGUUCCUGUGGAGCACUUCCAAAGUUUAUAGAGGACCAACAAUUGUUUCAGUUCUUGAAUGGGUUUAAUGAGUCUUACUCCACAGAUGAGAGUCAAAAGGAGUCUUUUUCUAAUGUUUCCAAUUUCUCUGGGGAUUCUGCUUCUUUCUCUGUCACCCCUGCUCAGUACAAUAACAAUAGAAGUUUCACUCAAAAGGUGAACUUUGAACCCAAAAAGAAUGCGCCCACGGUAUCUUGUAAAUUCUGUAAGAAAUCUGGACACACAGUGGAAAAAUGCUACAGACUUCAUGGCUUUCCUCCUGAUUUCAAAUUUACCAAGAAUAAAAGGUCUGCUUCCUGUGUCCAAAGUGAUAUCUCCUAUCCUCAACCAUCUUCUGGGUUUAGUCAGCUUCCAGGAAUUUCUGCCCCAGUUCAGGGGUUUACAAAAGAACAAUAUCAGCAUCUCCUCAGUCUAUUUCAGCAAGUUCAGGUCUCUCCUGGUUCUGCUCCACCUAUUCACCCAGAUGAGGAUUCUGCAUUUGCUCAUUUUGCAGUUCUUACCAAGUUCCAUUGUUCUUUACAGGGCCCUUCUCUGAAGAGGCCACUGGUAAUUGGUAAGGCUGUUGGCAGGCUCUAUUAUCUUCAUCCAGAUGGAGAUCUGUUUCCUAGCACAACUUCUUCUCUAUCAUCUUUUGUUGAUGCAACUUGCAAUGAGUCUAUUUUUGAUAUUGGUUCAAUUCCAUGUAAUAAAUCUGUCCUUGCAUCUUCACCUGUAAAUGUUCCACCUAGUUAUAAUAAAACUUCACCUGUUAAUAAGAUGGAUCUACUUUGGCAUCAGCGAUUAGGUCACAUGCCUUUUCAUAAGAUGCAAUCUAUUUCUUUUCUGUCAAACAAGGUUCAUUUCAAUUCCUCAGUACAAACAUUUAGAUCAGAUAAUGCUUUUGAGCUUGGCAGCAGCUCUGAAGCCAUCAGUUUCUUUACAUCCCAAGGAAUUUUACAUCAAACUUCGAUCCCUUAUACUCCACAACAAAAUGGUAUUGUGGAGAGGAAACACAAGCAUCUUUUAGAGGUUUCAAGAGCCCUACUGUUUCAAUCUAAACUACCACUAAAAUUUUGGGGGGGAUGUGUAUUGACUGCUACAUAUCUUAUCAACAGAAUGUCUUCACCACUUCUUCUCAAACUUUCUCCUUUUGAAAAGCUUCAUGGUCAUCCACCCUCCUAUGAUCAUUUAAGAUCGUUUGGUUGUCUCUGCUUUGCUACUUUCCCUAAGGGAGGCAGGGAUAAGUUCCAAUCUAGAGCCAUUGCAUGUAUCUUUUUAGGAUACCCAUGUGGGAAGAAAGGUUACAAAUUGCUCAAUUUGUCUAAAAUUUUUGUUUUCCAUUCUAGAGAUGUGGUAUUCCAUGAACAUACUUUUCCUUAUUCUUCUUCUUUUAAUCCUUCUCAUUCCAAUGUCUUACCUCCCACUUUUGUGGAUAUCCCAGCUCAUCCUUCUGUGACUACUCUAUCUACUAGUCAUUCCGAACCUUCAUCUCCUAUAGUUUCCCCUAGUUUUAAUUCUACUUCUCCUACUUCCACCUCAACUACUUCUGCUCUUCCCAUCUUAAGGAAGUCCACUAGAACUGUCACUCAACCUUCUUACCUUAAGGAUUAUAUUUGUUCAUCUGUCAUCUUCUCCAAUUCUGCACACUCUAAUCUCCCUUCUAGUGAAACUCACAUGUAUGAACCUCAGUUCUACCAGCAGGCUGUAACUCAUCCUGCUUGGCAAGAGGACAUGCUAAAAGAAUUUUUUGCUCUUGAGAGGGCAGAUGGGUCUGUUGAAAGAUACAAGGCAAGAUUGGUUAUUAGAGGUGAUACUCAGAGGGAAGGCAUAGAUUUUACUGAAACCUUCUCUCCUGUUAUCAAGAUCACCACCAUUAAAUGUCUUUUAACUCUUGCCAUCAAGAGAGAUUGGACUGUGUACCAGUUAGAUGUUAACAAUGCCUUCUUCCAUGGUGAUCUCCAUGAGGAGGUAUAUAUGAAAAUUCCACCUGGCCUUGAUAUUUCCUCUGCUUCUUCUUCAACUCCUCUGGUCUGUAAGCUCAAGAAAUCUCUCUAUGGCCUUAGGCAGGCCUCCAGACAGUGA